CCAUCAGUCUCUUGAUUAACACUUUGUACUACUACUGUUCCUGGGCGAACCAGCUGCUGAGAAAAUGAAGAUCUUCAAUUGGAUGCACAAGAGGUUUCAUCAGAAUCUUCAAAAAGAUGGGUUUGAUCGAAUUGUGAAAAAGCCAGACCUUGGUACUACUAGUGACUUAGAGAGGCAAGCAUUACUGAAACAAGUAGCACUUGUGAAUGUGCUAGAUGGUUGGAGAGAUGGCAUUUUGACAAUUGGAACAUUUGGUCUUCAAUCUUUUGAGCCUCCAACAAUCAUAAGCCAAAAACAUGACUACCUCAUCCUCCAAAACCAGGAAGAGGAUGAUGAUCAAGAAGAAACGUAUUCCGUCGAUAAUGUUGAGGAUGCCAACGAUGAAGACAACGACAACAAGUAUGAAGAAUGUGAAGAAGAAGAAGAAGAAGAAGAGAUGAAUCCACUGAUGUUUACAACAUUUGACUGCAAUUUCGACGACAUUGAAUCAGAAUUUGGUGCAAAUGUAGUGAAACCAGAUGUUCCUCUGACCCCAUUUUAUGGAUCCUCUGAAAUUCAACCCGACUUGGGUGUUGCUGCGAUCAAUCAGAGAGAGAAUAAAGGAGAAAGAGUAACGCUAGCGGACCUGUUCUCCGCGGAUUCUGAGGUCAAAAAGAAACCAAAACUUGAGAAAAUCGAACUCGAUUCUGGUAAACUGCAGGGUCUUAAAACCAAGAAUGGACUUUCUUUUGCCAAGAAGUUGAUUCCUCUUGUUGGCGAGGAUUCACGUCCAAUCAAAAAACUAAACCGAUUGAUGAGGAAGAUGUUGAAGAGGAAAAUUCACCCAGAACUGGAAGGCAGGGCACAAAAAUUUGAUGACCAAGUCCAGGCUACAGAGCCUGCUAUUGCCUGUGAAUCAGUUGCUCUGCUUCCAACCCCAGCAGAACCUGCUGUUUGAGCUAAAGACGAGAUGGCCUAAUUUGGUAGCCAUGUAUCUUCCAUCCAGGAUUGCUGUUGAAUUAUUCAUUUAUGUGGACAGUGUUGAAUUAGGUUGUCAAUUAAGUUUGCGAAUAUGUGGAUUUAAUUGUGUGAUUUUAUUUAUUCUGUUUUGUAAUUUUGCCUUCUUGUUUUUGGCUACUAGUAUAUGUUGGGUGUUUGGCAGUCUCAAUGUUUAACAACAGGCUUUGGGUUGUUUUA